CAAAAGUGAGAACCGGUCAGACUUUGAAGAGUGAACAUCAACGUGUAAGAGUGAUCAAUCUUUAAAAAGUACCGAACUCAGUGAAGUGAAAGCUUAUGAACGGAAACUUUGAUCUUGAUCCAGGUGAAGAACCUGGAAAAGACAAUGAAAUGAUAUACGAACACCAGAAAAACAGCAGAAGACGAGACAGUGAUAGCGAAGAUUGCCCAUACACCAAACAAGCAAGAAACGAAGAAACCGGCAAACAGACCACGGAGAACCAUACCUACGGAACAGUAACUCAAGAACACAGAACCGCAGCCAUGGUUAAGAUCCAAAAAUAGAAAAUUAGAUGUCUGCAUAACUAGAAUAAUAACUAAGCACACAAGACUAAAUAAACACCUACAUAGAAUGAAAAUAACAAAUGACCCUUACUGUAGAUGGUGUCAUAAUCAAGAAGAAGAUAUAGAACACUUAAUCCUACACUGUCCAAGAUUCCACUCCAGCAGAACAAAAUUGAAAGAAGCCUUAAGAAAAAUCAAAGUAAUCAACCCUAACAUAAACUUAUUAUUCACAGGUGCAGAUCUCUCCCCAACAGAAAAGUUUUAUACUCUUAGACACACCAAAAUCUUUUUAAGAAAAACCAAACUAACAGAGAUCAUAUAAAAGAAAGAAUAGAAAAGAAAAAAGAUCCAGGGGAUAUAGACUAUGCAAAAGUCUAAAACCCUAUAAAAGAAGAAAGAAGAAGAAGAAGUCUGUGUGGGGGAAAUCUUGUUGCAUUAGUAUUUUGAAGAUUAAGAUAUUGAUUUGCUGACAGAAUAGCUUCCCAUCAGCCAUGGCAGAUGACUGGAAGGAGAAGAUCAUCCAGGAGAAAUUAGGAGGAAAGAGGGACUGGACAGACAGCGAAAGGGCGGAACUCUGUCGCCAAUUGGACCAGGAUUUAGACAAACACCUUGACACAGUCAGCCAGUCCAAAUUUGAAGAUGGGUGGACUGAAGAGAACUGGAGAGAUAAAAUGGCAGAGCAUCCUCUUUUUGCACCUUACGUUCAAGAAGAUGGUUCAGCUGUGGCAGAGGCACCAAUAAAUCCACUGAGUGAGGGAUUGGCACAACUCAAGUUUGACCCAGAGCACAAUACCCCAACGGAAGUGGCAAUGAGCUAUAAGGAAGAAGGUAUCUUGCAGUUCAAAUACAAGAAGUAUCGGCUGGCAGUCGCUAAUUUCUCAGAAGGGCUGAAACAAGUGUGCCCAGACAGAGAAUUAAAUGCACAGCUUUUAAACAAUCGAGCUGCAGCACAGUGGCACCUUGAGAAUAAUCGAUCAGCUAUCAGGGACUGUGAAUUAGCUGUCAAAUUAAAGCCAGACUACACGAAAGCCAUUAUGAGGGCAGUCGAUUGUGCUGUUAGAAUGAAAUCCUGGGACGAAGUUAUCACUUGGUGUGACCGAGGCCUCAGAUUAGAACCAGGCAGCGAUAAGCUCAAGAAAACUAGAAUAACGGCUAUGAAAGAAAAGAAAAUUGCAGAACGUAAUGAGCGCAAGAAGCUGCAGGAGGAGAAGAAGAAAGAGUUUGAGGAGAAAAAUCUGAUCAACAUCAUUGAGGGUCGUGGUGUUAAGCUUGGGAGUGCUGAGGUGAAGGGGUCUGCGUCGGUCACACUAGCAGACUUAGAACCCUGUCAUCCAGCGGCGCAGGGAUCUCGUGUACACAUAAACGAAGAUGGUGAACUGGUAUGGCCAGUCAUGCUUCUUUACCCAGAAUACCAUGAGACUGAUCUCAUUCAAGAAUUUACAGAAAGUAAUUGCUUCGAAGACCACCUUAAUGUAAUGUUUGGCGAGGGCACACCAGCUGCACCAUGGGAUACAGAGAGAAAGUACCUUCCUCAAAAUAUGGUUUUAUACUUUGAGGACCAAGAGAAAAGCAAACUGUAUGAGGUGGACCCCAAGAAGACCCUUCAGCAAGUGCUUGCACAUCCAAAAUAUCGAGUUUUGGGUGGAACUCCGGGCUUCAUUGUACUUACCCGAGGAAGCAAAUUUGCCAAAGAAUUUUUGUCAAAGUAUGAAUGUUAACAUGAUAAAAGGGAACUAAAUGUGGAGUUUAAGGACAGGGACUAUACAUCUAUAAUAAAUCUUAUACCACAAUUUU